AUGGAGUUUGUAUCUCCAUUUAUCACUCCUGUUGUUGAAUCGUUGCUGGUUCCUGUUAAGAGACACUUGGGAUUCUUUUUUUCCUCCACAAAGUAUGAUAGGGAUAUGCGUACCAGAUUAAGGGAAUUGAAUUCCACGGCAAUUGAUAUGAAGAAAAGAAUGGAAGAAAAUGAUGCAAGAAAUUUAGUUGUACCUUACCUUGUUCCGAGUUGGUUGGAACGAGCUGAAGGGAUUGAUAGGGAAGUCGAUGGUAUUUCAGAGGAUGGAAAUGGAUGUUUACAUAUGAAGAGAAGAUACAAAACUGGCAAACGGUGCUCCAAUUUCAUCAAGCGUAUCGACCGCCUUAUGAGAGAAAAAUCAAACAUGGAAUGGACUAAUGAGCAAAUACCUCUUGGUAUGGUUAGUUCUGCCACUCCUCAAGUACUGCAAGAUGUUACCCAAAACAUUUUCAAGUCUAGACAAUUGAUUUUUCAAAGGGCAUUGCAAUUGCUUGAACCAGAUAAUCCGACCCAGAUGGUGGCUUUAUGUGGUAUGGGUGGUAUAGGCAAGACUACAAUGAUGGAAGAACUGAAGAAGGUUGUAGAGAAUAUGAAACUGUUUGAUCGGGUUCAAAGGGUGGUUAUGGGGAAAAGCACUGAUCCAAUUACAUUUCAAGAAGCUAUUGCACAGUAUACAGGUGGAAAUUUGUUAGAAUCAACUAAAGAAGCAAGGGCUGACCGUCUCAAGGAAAUAUUUUUGGGGAUGUCCCAAGAUGGCAAGAAAAAGAUUUUGAUCAUAUUGGACGAUCUUUGGAACAUUGUUGACCUCAAUGAUAUUGGACUAGCGAGUCCUUUGCCAAAGGGCUUCAAGUUAUUUCUCACAUCACGAGAUGAAAGGCUUUGCAGUCAGAUGGGUGUUGAAACUAGCUCAAUUUUGAGAAUGGUUAGUUUAGAAGAAGUAGAAGCAAAACAAUUAUUCUGGGAUACCACGGGACUUUCAGAUGGUGCUGUUGAUCAUCAGCUAAUUAAGCUAGGAGAAGAUAUUGUGAAGAGGUGUGGUGGGUUGCCGAUGGCCAUAAAAACCAUUGCCUUGGCUCUUAGAGGUGAGGUAAAGGAUGCAUGGAGAGUUACACUCAUAGGAUUACAUCGGCAUGACCUUCAAGACCUUUACGCUGUUGUAUAUCACAUAUUUGAGAUAAGCUACAACUUUCUCAAAAAAGAUGAUGAUAAGGAAAUUUUCCUUCUUAGUGGCUUAUAUCCUGAUGACUUUGAUAUUCCGUUGGAGGACUUGAUGAGGUAUGGAUGGGGAUUGAAGUUAUUUAAUAAAGUGUAUAGUUUAGCUGAAGCAAGACAGCGGACUAACACUUCUGUUCACAACCUCAUACGUGCAAAUUUGUUGAUUGAAAGUGAUCUAAUAGGAUGUGUCAAAAUGCACGAUCUUGCACGUUCUUUCGUCUUAUCGAAUAUUUCAAAAUUCAAGCAAGCUUCCGUUGUUAAUCAUAGUGACCUGUCGGAAUGGCCUACAGAAGAUACAUGGGAGUCUUGCGAAAGAAUUUUAUUGAAGUGCAAAGGCAUGUCUGAAUUUCCCCGAUGCUUUGAUUACCCCGACCUUAAACUUUUGAAGCUAAUGAUGAAUGAGAAAGAGCCUCUCAUGUUUCCAGAAGAUUUCUAUACCAAGAUGAAAAAUCUUCAAGUCAUUUCAUAUCGUAGUAUUCUAUAUCCACAGCUUCCAAUAUCACUUCAAUGUUCAACUAGCCUUCGUAUGCUAUGUCUCCGUUCAUGCUCGUUGAUGGGUGAUCUAUCUUAUCUUGGCAAUCUUAGUAAUUUGGAAAUACUCAGCUUUGCUUACUGUCGCAUCAAGAUAUUACCAUCUGCCAUGGGAAAAUUGAGAAAGCUAAAAUUACUAGAUUUGAUUGGAUGUGUUGAGCUUUGUAUUGGUGAUGGUGUCUUUCAAAACUUAGACAAACUUGAAGAGCUUUAUAUGAGAAAUCUGAGCUACAAAGUUAUCAGCUUCACAGAAGACAACUGUGAAGGACUGGAGAUGCUUAAACUCAUUGCAUUAGAGAUCGAAUUCUUUGAGAAUAUGAUUCUGCCGAAUAACGUGUCUUUUAAGAAACUUGAAAGGUUCAGAAUAUCUAUAGGUUGUCAGUUGGAUACUAUAUAUGACAAUGAUGUGUAUUCAUAUGAAAAUACAUUGAGACUAGUUGCUAGCUGCGAAGAGGUUCGUGCAUUUGAAAUAAGUGAGUUGUUUGAGAAAACAGAGAAGCUUCAUUUGCAAGUGGAAGAUAUAAAUCAUAUUGAAGAUGUUUUGAUGCAUCCUUCUCAAUAUUCUUUUUGCAAUUUAAAACAUCUUUCUUUUGAAAAGUGCACAAACUUGAGUUACCUCUUCACUGUUAAUGUGGCAAGUACUUUGACUAAUCUUGAGAGACUUAAAGUUUCGUCCUGUCGUGUUCUGGGAUUCUUGAUACAUGAUGAGAAUAAUGGAGCCCAGGUGAUUACAUUUCAUAAGUUAAAGCAUUUGGUGUUGGAAGAGUUGCCCUCGUUUGUAGGUUUGUGUGACAAUAUUAAUAUUGUGAUGAAUUUACCACAACUGUUGGAGCUGAGACUUGCUUACCUUCCCAACUUUACUUGCAUCUUUGCUUCGAGCAAUGAUAUUUCUGCAACAACAAUCCCACUGUUGAAUAAAGAGGUUGUGAGUCCAAAGUUAGAGGAAUUGGAAAUUUGUGGGAUGAAGAAGUUGAAGGAUAUAUGGGUGUGUGAGAAGGAAUAUGAUAGAACUCCAGUGCUGAAAGAGAUUGAAGUGGAUGAAUGUGAUGAUAUUAAGAAUCUUUUUCCAAAUAAUUCUAUGCCAUUGUUGAGUCAUUUAGAAAAGAUUCUAGUUCAAAAUUGUGGUUCUAUUCAAGCGUUAUUCUACAUAGACUUGGAAUGUAUUGGGCAAGUUAAUAGCAGCUUGAAAAGCAUUCGAGCGUCAGGUCUCCGAAAACUAAGGGAGGUGUGGAGGAUAAAAGAUGAAGAUAACUCUGGUCUCCUCAUUCGUAGUUUUCAUGCCAUGGAAUUCAUACAAAUCAACCAGUGUGAGAACUUCAGAAAUAUAGUCACACCCAAGACCAUCAAAUUUGAUAUGGCAGCAAUCAUUGACAUCACCAUUGAUUUGUCUGGAGAAAAAUGGGGCACAAACUAUAAAUCGGUUGACAAAGAGAAUGAGAUAUUAGAAGUGGACGAUAAUCCUAUAGUUGCAGUUCCAUCCUUUUCCAUCCACACUUUACAUCACCUAUCCAACAUUAAGUUGUGUAAGUAUAAACAAAUGGAGGUAAUCUUUGAUAUUGAGAUUCCAAGUGUAGGCAUAGUAACACCGAACAAUGAUGAACAACCAUUGCUACUUCCCCGCCUUACGAAUAUGACGUUGAUUGGUAUGAAUAGUAUGACUCAUUUGUGGAAAUGCAAUUGGAGUAAGUUUUUAAUGUUGCAAAACUACCAGCAAAAAUUAUCAUUUCAGAAUCUCACAACCAUAUACAUGGAGAAAUGUAAAACCAUUGAGUACUUAUUUUCCCCUCUCAUGGCGAAACUGCUUUCCAACCUAAAGAAAGUCGACAUACAUAAUUGUGGAAGAAUCCAAGAAGUUGUCUCAAACAGAGAUGAUAAAAAAAGUACCACAUCUACAUCUACCUCUACACCCGUCAUUUUGUUCCCUCAUCUUGAUUGUCUCACUCUUUAUAACCUGGAAAGACUCAAGCAUAUUGGUGGUGGCAUUCCCAAGGGUACAACUCAUGUCUGGAAUGAUAAUUUUGUGUUUUCUGUUUCAUGGUCCUUAGGCCAGUACUGUAGAGAGAUAAAGAUAAGGAGUUGUCAAGCUUUGUCAACUGUGAUUCCAUAUUAUGCAGCCAAACAACUGCUAAAGAUUGAAGUGUUGGAAAUUGAUGAGUGCAGCUCUAUGAUGGAGGUAUUUGAAACUAAAGAGUUGAAAGAUAGUCUUACUUUUUCCCAAGGAAGUGGUGAUAGGGAUGAUACUCCACUAGCAGCAAUCCCUAGACUAAAAGGUAUCACAAUGCAUAAAAUGCCCAACCUAAAGAUAUUGGAUCUCGAAACAUGUCAUCGAUUGGUCGAUAUAUUCACAUUUUCCACACUUGCAAGCCUCAGGGUACUUGAAAAGUUGAACAUAAGAGAUUGCAGAGAACUGAAAGUAAUUGUGAGGGAAGAACAUGGAGAGCAAACAACGACAUCGAAGGUUGUAACUUUUCCCUGUCUAAAAUCAAUAAAACUAACCAGGUUACCAAACCUUAAAGGUUUCUUCUUCGGGAUGAAUGAAUUCCAAAUGCCAUUAUUGGAUGAAGUUUAUAUCAAAAGAUGUCCCCAAAUGAUGGUAUUUACAUCCCUUCCACUAAGAGCUCCGAAGCUCAAGUACAUAGACAUAAAUGCUGGCAAAUAUACGUCUACCUUUUUUUUGACGACCACCACUUUACCUCAGACCCCAUCCCAGAGUUUAGACAACACAAACUCAUCGACUCCUAUUUCAGAAGAGUCUAUGUUAUACUCUCAGAGUUUGAUCGAAAUGGAUGCAAACGAUGACUGGGAACGCAAAGUAAUUUUCUCAUAUGAUGAGCUGCCACAACUGCUAAAUCUUCAAAAGUUGAAUGCAAGUCAUUGUGAAUCAGUACUGGAGGUAUUUGAUAAUGGAACAGGAGUAAGAUGUUCUAAUUCAUCACAAACUGCUGUAAAGCUUCCAAAGCUAAGAGAUGUAAGCCUAUGGGAGCUAAAUAGUCUGAAGUCUAUUUGGAGGAGUAAUGGUCAGACAAUAUUGGAGUUUCCAAACCUGACUAAACUGUCUAUCCAUGAUUGCAAACAGUUUGAACAUGUUUUUACACGUUCGAUGGUUGGUAGUGUAUUGCAACUAAAAGAGCUAAGUAUAAGUGUGUGUCCGGGUAUGGAAGUAAUCGUUAAGGAAGACCAAGAGGAAGAAGAAGGUUGUGAUGGCAAAGUGAAUGAGAUGAUCAGGUUACCUCGUCUAAAGGAGUUAAGACUUGAAAAUCUUGCAAGUCUCAAGGGGUUUUGCUUAGGGAAUGUGGAUUUUUUAUUGCCAUCACUGAAUAGCAUGGAAUUCGGGGGAUGCAAAUCUCUAACGAUGUUCACGAAAGGAGGUUUGUUUGUUCCCGAGUUAAAACUCAUAAAGACAAGUUUAGGCUAUAUUAAUCUUGCAGAGGAACAAGACAUCAACUCCUUUAUAAUCACCAAAAGACAAGAGGGAUUUCAUUUUGGAUACCGAGAAUAUUAGUGUGGAACCAGGACAGCAUAGAGAAUUCAAGGAGGGCAUCAUCAGUAUUCAGUUUAAACGGAAACACGGUAUUGAAUUGGAUCCAUGUUGCUUGCUAGUUUCGUACAGCUACAGGAAAAUGAAUGACAUAGCUAGGGCCGGCUGGCAGGGUUCAAACCUUCAGAAACUGACUAGGUUGGCCUGACAUGCAUACAGCUUUUGUUGUUAUUGUUUUUCAUUAUCGAGUUUUAUAAAUGGGAAAAGUGAGACUACUUUAUAAAUACAUGAAUACAUCAAUACAAACAUUAUCGAGUUUCAUUAUAAUAGAAUAUUUUACGAGGUUUAUGCGUUUCAAUUGAAUCUUGGACAAGUUUCGACCCA